GUACCAUGAAAUCGGGAAAUGUAAAAGAUCUGGUGCAACGGUGAAUCCAUUUCCAUGAAAUCGUGAACGUACAUUGAAUCUCUAUCUCUGUUUCCGUUAUGUUCGACGACGUCGUUCCUUGCUAAUCCACUUGGUAACACUCUUCCAUUUCUCUCAUCGUCCUACUCGACGGAGGAUCUUCCAUGAGUGCCUCCAACAAAUGGAGAACAAUGCCACCGCACCACCACCAGCAGCCUCUCUGCACGCGCACGCACCAGAUCGGAGCCCUCCUCCUCGUCACCACCACCUUCUUCUUCACGCGCCUCCUCUCUCCCUGCACCCUCUCCACCAGCGUCGUCCACGUGUCACACCCGCAGUUACAGUGGGGGCAGUCGCAGCUCUCGCUCAAGAUCUACGUCUACGAACCUGAAGAAAUCAACGGCUUGAAUAAACUCUUGCACGGACGAGACGGUAAGGUCACGGAAGAAGCUUGCUUAAAAGGCCAGUGGGGUACUCAGGUGAAAAUACACAAGUUUCUUCUGCAAUCGAAGCAACGGACGCGGAAGAAGGAGGAAGCGGAUCUGUUCUUUGUCCCAUCGUAUGUUAAAUGUGUGCGCAUGAUGGGUGGCCUUAACGAUAAAGAAAUUAACAACACCUAUGUUCAAGUCAUAAGUCAAAUGCCGUAUUUUCGAUUAUCUGGGGGCCGCAACCACAUUUUUGUUUUCCCCAGUGGAGCUGGUGCUCACUUGUUCAAAUCAUGGGCAACGUAUAUAAAUCGCUCCAUUAUUCUUACACCGGAGGGGGAUCGGACUGAUAAGAGAGAUACGAGUGCCUUUAAUACAUGGAAAGAUAUAAUCAUUCCAGGUAAUGUUGAUGAUGGUAUGACAAAAACUGGGGCUACCGGGGCUACCGUGGUCCAGCCUUUGCCUCUGUCUAAAAGGAAGUAUUUAGCAAAUUAUUUAGGACGUGCGCAAGGAAAAGCUGGCCGGCUUAAGCUUAUAGAGCUUGCAAAGCAGUUUCCAGAGAAGUUGGAAUGUCCAGAUUUAAAAUUCAGUGGACCUGACAAGCUGGCCAGGAAAGAAUAUUUUGAACACCUACGCAAUUCUAAGUUUUGCCUCGCCCCACGUGGAGAGUCAUCUUGGACACUUCGGUUUUAUGAGUCCUUUUUUGUGGAAUGUGUUCCAGUUAUAAUAUCAGAUCAAACAGAAUUGCCAUUCCAGAAUGUCAUUGAUUACAGUCAGAUAUCAAUAAAAUGGCCGUCUAGUCGAAUAGGUCCUGAACUGUUGCAGUACCUGGAAUCUAUACCAGAUGAAGAAAUAGAAAAAAUAAUAGCUCGUGGUCGAGAAGUUAGGUGCUGGUGGGUGUAUGCUUCGGAUUCAGAACCUUGUUCAGCAAUGCGUGGAAUUAUGUGGGAAUUGCAGAGGAAAGUAAGGCAAUUUCACCAUUCAGCUGAAACAUUUUGGUUGCACAAUGGAUCAAUUGUAAACAGAAACUUGGUUCAAUUUUCCAAAUGGGAACUCCCUGUGCCUUUGCCUUGAUGGCCUGGGAGAUAGAUGAUGCCCUUGUACAAGUUUUUUUUCUUAUACGUCUUAUUUGAAGCUCAUGUUAGGUGCUCUUGAUUGUCAUCAUCUGCUCAAACAAGAGUUCAGAGCGGGACUAUCUACUUUAUCUUGAAAAAUAUCAUCUUAUCCUUUAUGAGGUGCUGAAUCUGCUCAACCGUAACUCAUCUCGUUGGUGAGAACAGGGGUAGUUUAUUUCAAAACUCCUAAUUUUAUUGAUAGUCGCAAAAUAGGUAAAAGAGAGUAGAGGAUUAAACUUAUAAUCAAAAGGCUGGGGUAACUAUCGAUCUGGACUUGAAGGCCAGCCAUAAUGGUCGAUGAAGCCAGGGAAUUGCUGGUUUUAAAGAUAUAGUCGAGGAACCCAUUGCUGAGUUUGAAGAUUAUGUAACAUCUCCUGGAUAAUGUAAUUUGGUGAGAAUUCUAGUAUAUCCGAGAGAGGGGCCAAAUCAUGAUGGUCAAUGUGAGGUAAUUGUUGCGUUGUUGAGGGAAGCUAACCCUCCAGGUCAAUGUGGUGAAGUGCCAAGUUAUCUUUAAAGGUUGGCAAUUGCUGCUGUCUUAGUUUAGCAUGUAUUUGCUCCAUUGAAUUGUAUAGAACACUGCGAUGUUGAGGCAAUUUGUCAUUUUGCAAGCCUA